GCGCUGACGUUGCGAGCUUGUGAAUUGCUCUUUAUUGACCCCGCAGUGCUUCUCCCUUCUUUUAUAUCAAUUAACCACUUAUAUAGAAAAGUAGUGCCUCGCCCAAGAGUGUAACUACCGCCUAAGUGUAUAAUUCCCAAUGAAAAAAAAGGAAUUUCGUCUAAAAAAUCUAAAAAUUCGACUUCUUGUCUUGUGCAUUCCAGUAUGGCCGCUUGCUUUCACAGUUCAACCUUAUGUUGUGCAAAAGAUCUCGUGUCUUUUAUCCGCCCCAGAGAGCAUACAAUUAUCACAAGUGUGUUUUACGUUCUAAAAUUCUAACCUAGUCCCUCGAUGCUUUAAUGUGUUCCAUAAAAGUGUUUUUAUUGUGAGUGUUUAUCGCUUCCUUAAAACCUAACCAUGUCAGCUAGUAUGCAGCACAACAGAAGGAAGAAAAAGCGAGUGAAUUACGGUGUGAGGGCUGUCGAAUUAUCGCGAGGAUUAAAAGGUUUCGGUUUUACAAUUUCGGGACAGCAGCCUUGCAUUCUCAGUUGCAUUGUUCAGGGAAGUCCUGCUGAAAUUGCAGGACUUAGAGCUGGUGAUUAUCUAGUCGCUGUGAAUGGACACAACGUGAGCAAAGCACCACACGACGAUGUAGUUAGAUUGAUAGGAAAUUCGAAGGGAAUCUUGAGAUUACAGAUUGCAGAGAAUUAUUAUUCGGAUUCAUCGGAUGAGGAGGGAUUGGCGACUGUUAGAUCGAAGCCUAAAUAUUCCCAUAAAAUUCGCACGAAUAAUGUUGGGUCGGUCCAGCCGCAGUGUCGAAUUGCAAAUGUUGUUCGGGAUUUACAGACUGGAGCAAUGUUUGACAGUAAUGGAAGAAAUGUGACACAGAGUAAAAUACAGUGUAGUUAUUCAAGUUUGCAUCAUCGCUGGAAUAUGACGAGUCCACUUCCACUUCCUCCUCCACCUCUUUUACAUAAAAGAGACACGGAGAAAAUUGUGCACCGGACUGUAGUUGGAUAUUUAGGAACGAUUGAUAUCCCGAACCAGCUGCAUCCCUCGUCAAUGAUGCAGGUUCUGAAAAAGUGUAUAAAAAGACUGAAAGCUGAGAAAAGGAACCCCACAACCGUCCUUUUAACAAUCCACGUGGCAAAUAUAAAACUGACAAACUCGGAGAACAGAGUUGUUGCUGAAUAUCCUUCAUACCGGAUCAUUUUUUGCAAUUCUUUUUCUGAGCAAGACAAGCAGUAUUUCGGCAUUUUGACAAAAUCUGUAAAAGACACAGACGACAUUGUUUCUAAUUCUUGCCAUGUCUUUACAAUUUACUAUAAACUCACUGACCAUGACGUGCAUUCGAGUACUUGCAACGUUUUUGGUUUUACUUGUACGAAGACUUCCGAAUUGAAUGUGUGCCAGGAGUUUCCAGACAGUUGUAACAGUUUGAUCGGGGCUAUUCAAACCUUGUACAUUUCUGAUACCGCUGAUCCCGACGCAAAUCCUUAUAAUGAGAACCGUCGUCACCAGGAAACUGCUUCACCACAGCCGAGCAAUAUUAGCACUUCUACUGCUCAUUCAAGUAAUAGCGAUUCCGGAAUCGGAUUUAAGGAUGAUUAUGGAAGUCAUUCUGAUAGACAUAUCAUUGCUGAUUUUCCACAGAGACAUUGCUUUCCACAUGUCUCGCAACGGCCAGGAGCAGUGCCACUUCCAGGCAUGAGUACCGAUUCUACCGGUUCCAGAUUAGCAGUCCGAGCAACUUCAGAUCCAAGAUGGAACGACCUACCAAAAGCGAAUAGAUCUCGAGAUUCUGCUUUUUCAUUUGGAUCAGUCUCGAUGGAUUUUGGAAAAAAGUCCGAUAGUGACAACUCUUAUUCGCUUGCAGUAAGGGACCCCAUAGCACGUCCAGGGGCACAAAGUAUGGCGUCAAGAGGCGGGGAGUCUACCACCUGCCCCGGACCAUCUGCUCCCGGUCUUGCACAGGGGUUGGGAAGUUCGUUAGUUGGAUCUCUGGCUUCCGUGUGCGGUAGUACAUCUAUGAUGUAUCACGAUUUUGAAGAAUCUAUGGAGAUUUCAAAAAGUCACGUGAUGCAGUGCGAAGAAAUGGCUGAUGAUGUUAGUUUGUGCAAUAAACUUAGUCCUAAAGUCUACGCGGUUUCCAAGUCCUUGGUUCACAGUAUGGAGGAUCUACAACCUGGUGAUGAUUAUUCAACGACUUUUCUCCAUCCCUACAUGAGCAAAAAUGACAAGUCAAGACCUUGGUGCAGUCUACAGGAAAUAAGGAAGGUCGGGGAAUGCUCGACUCAUAAUUGUUUGCAUGGAAGUACAGAAUCGUGUGACAAGACUGCCAAUUACAAUGUACAUUCGUGGGCUUCUAGUUUCGAGAAACUAUUGGGAGACCCGAAGGGAUUGCAAACGUUCGCUGAGUUUCUCAAGAAGGAAUUUAGUCAUGAAAAUAUCUACUUCUGGGCAGCCUGUGAAAGAUACACAGACACUGAAGACCUCGCAAGUAGACGAAGAUUAGCUCGUCAGAUAUACCAGCGUCAUUUAUCAGCAACCGCUGCGGAACCUGUUAAUGUUGACAGUCAUGCAGCUGGACAAAUCACUCAAGAGCUUCUUAAUGUAGCUCCCGCCGAUCUCUUCAUGCAGGCGCAAAAGCAAGUUUUCAAUCUGAUGAAAUUCGACAGCUAUCCUAGGUUCCUAAGAUCCGAUUUGUAUCGUCGUUGUUUGGAAAAUGGGAGCAGUGUAAUUGGCACUGAAGAUGGGGAUUUAAGUUUAACGAGUUCCCCGAGUGUGAAACUUAAGAAAAGCCAUUCUGAUGCCGAGGACCGAUUUCGAAAAUCGAUUCUUCCCUGGCACAGAAAAAACAGAUCGAAGUCUAAGGAUCGAGGAGAGUCAGAGUACAGCCAGACCCCUAGUCGGAGUGACACUAUGUACAAGAGUUUUACAACUAUUAAAAGGGAAGCGGAGGGUAAUAACAAUGAGGACAGUAUAUCCAUAUCCAGCAGUAGAUCGUCAUUAGCAUCAUGGGAUCUGGCAUUGAGGCAAUCAUUUAACAAGCAUUCUGUGUCGUCCUACGAAGGGCACUCGAACGAAAAGAAAGAGAUUCACACCAAAUGUAGUGGUUUGUGCCGAGUAAUAUUACCCGAUGGUUCCACUACAGUUGUGCCCACUUGCCAAACGGAGACCAUUAAAGACGUGGUGACUCGCUUACUCGAUAAGCGAGCUCUGCGAUUUUCUAACUAUGACGUACUUUUACUAGCCACAGAUGAGUUAAUCAAUCUAAAGUAUCCAUCCGGGGUACUUGCGGGUCAAGAGGUUGAAGUUAUGCCAUCGAAGGUGCUGAAGGUGGAUCUACCUUCACGCAGAAUAAUAACCGUAGUUGCCCAUAAAGGACGAACGCUGAGGGAUGUUUUGAGGCCCCUCCUCAAUAAAUAUGGGUUCAAGCUAGAGCUUAUCACCAUCUGGGGCGAGGGUCAUCCCCUUUCGGCGGAUAUACCAGCGAUAAAUGCACCCGCGAGGCUUGUCCUUACCUCAAAUAACGAAGAUUUGUUGCGAGAUGGAGAGCCAAUGUGUUCGGAAGAAGUUCCACAUGGUCAACCAACUUUAGAUGAAAUUACAAACAAAGUCUUUGAGGAAUUACUGGUUGGAAAGAGUACAAAUAAAUAUCAAUAUAGUGAAGGCUCGUGCAAAUCCGAUGAUCAGAGAUCCGAGAGUUCUUCGAUCCUUUCGAAUAAAUUUUUUACUCGUGAUUCUUCAAGUCACGGAAAGAAGAAGGGAAAAUCUAAGGGUAGCAGUUCGAGUGAAAAGGGAACUUUGAAUGAUUGUGUCCACGAAGAGAGCACUCGAUCGUAUCCACCUCUCAUAGCCAAAUGGCGAAAUGGAGUAAAAUUGCAGCUGCCAAGCAAAUUUGACGGCGAUGGUAAGCGAAAUUUAUACGAAGGAUUGAAACGAGCGCAAAGGUCGAGACUUGAAGAUCAAAGAGGGACGGAAAUCAAUUUCGAAUUGCCCGAUUUUUUAAAGAAUAAAGAAAACGGCAAGAUGUUGGAAAGCAAGAAACUGCGAAAAUUUCGUGGGACUUCCGUCAAUUACGAUAGCCAUACAAAGUUCUACGAUUCCUCGGAGGAAAAGCAGAAUCCAAGUGUUCAAGAUGGGAAAGUAAUGUCGAAUGGAAAUUUGGAAACGAGAGAAAGUUGCAGUAAAAGUUUCGACAGUUCUGCCAAUUUGGAUGGAACUUUGGUAGACGGGGAUCAAACAAUAAUCGAAAAUGGAUCGCCCUCGAAGACGCAGAAUAAUUCAUUCGGCUCCCCAUUCGCGAAUAUUUCCCCGUCGAAAUUGUCAAAACCACCGCCUCUUCCACCAAAGCCAAAAAACUUGCAACCCAUCAUUCUAAAAAGCAAUCACGUCAUGUCUUCCAGACCUUUUCAAAGGAUUGCUCAAAUAAAUCACGUUAAUCCGGCCGAUACCGAGCGAAAAAGUACCACUUAAGCGUUCGCAAAAUUAGGAUAAGAAUUUUCUUUUUAGACUGAAUAAAAUAUUUUAUAAAGGAAAUAAUAUUGCGAGGGGAAUGGAAAAGACGAAGGGAACAGUAGCUUUGCAAAUUAGAUCAGCCUUCAGUCAAAGUUGCUUCUGCAACUGGAUUAAUGUGGAAAGUAUUAACGACUUAUGAGUAUUAACAAAGUGAUAAAUCGUAUUUUUGAUAUUACACGUAUUACGACUAAAACUUAUUUAAUGACUUUGAUUCCUAUCGAAGAUCGAAUACUAACGGUUUACGUGAUAAUGUGAUACGAAACUAGAAAUUGGAAACUCAGUUUCAAUCCGUUUUAAACUUUUUAGACUUUAUAGAGAGAAACAUGAUUUUUUUUAUGAGUUGACGGAUGUUUAUAUCGUAUAGAGUAUUUCACUCAAUUCAAUGAUGAAAGAGAGAUAACAGAAUUUGUAUUAUGGGUACAAAAUGCACCUGUGCUUCGAAACAAGCCAGUAUUUUUAUACAAAUGUUGAUCAAGAAUUGUGCCUUACAUUUUUUCGUAUGUAUAGAGUAUACAGAAUUCGUAUCUUAAGUUAAAAAUAUCAAAGUUAAGAAACGACGAAAGUUGUUUAAUUUAUAUUUUCUACACUAACCGAAUGUUAUAUUCCUGGUUGUACAGGAAAAAUACAAAUGUUUUGUUGUAUUUAAUGAGAUGAGAGUAUCUUGUUGACCGGAAAGUGUGAACACUAGCGAGGAAUAUUGACUUUUAUAUUUAUCGUCAAUAAAUAAAUUAUAUGGAUCGCGUUUUUAAAA